GGAAGACAAAGCGGAAGUGACGUAGUUUGUUUAUGAUGGCGGCUCUGCUGUGAAUGAAAAGCUAGAAACCCGUGAAUCUUUGAAUAAAACUAGAAAUAACAAUAAUUAAGCUUGAUCAAACUGAAGUGGCUUGAGUUAUCACCAGGACCAAAACAAUGAGCACUCAAUACAGUAUACUUUUCAAACAAGAACAUGCCCACGACGAUGCCAUUUGGACGGCAGCUUGGGGGAAAAGUGAAGCAGAUGGAUCAGAGACUAUCGUCACGGGGUCUCUGGAUGACAUGGUGAAAGUCUGGAAAUGGUCUGAUGAGAAGCUGGAGCUGCAGUGGACUCUGGAGGGGCAUCAGCUCGGGGUGGUCUCUGUCGACAUCAGUCACAAUGGAGCCAUCGCUGCCUCCAGCUCUUUAGAUGCUCACAUCCGCCUCUGGGAUCUGGAGUCAGGCAAACAGAUCAAGUCUAUGGACGCCGGACCAGUUGAUGCAUGGACAGUCGCCUUCUCUCCAGACUCCAAACACAUUGCCACAGGAAGUCAUCACGGAAAAGUCAACAUUUUUGGUGUCGAGAGUGGCAAGAAAGAAUAUUCUCUGGACACAAGAGGGAAGUUCAUUCUCAGUAUAGCAUAUAGUCCAGAUGGGAAGUAUUUGGCCAGUGGAGCCAUUGACGGGAUCAUUAACAUUUUCGACAUUGCCACAGGAAAACUGCUCCACACGCUGGAAGGUCACGCCAUGCCCAUCCGCUCCCUCACCUUCUCCCCAGACUCUCAGCUCCUGGUCACAGCCUCAGACGACGGCUACAUCAAAAUCUAUGAUGUACAACAUGCUAAUCUUGCCGGCACUCUGAGUGGACAUGGAUCGUGGGUUCUUAAUGUAGCCUUUUCACCCGACGACACACACUUUGUCUCCAGCUCAUCUGAUAAAAGUGUGAAAGUUUGGGAUGCCAGCUCCAGAGCCUGUAUCAACACUUUCUUUGACCAUCAAGACCAGGUUUGGAGUGUGAAGUACAACAGCACAGGCUCAAAGAUCAUCUCUGCAGGAGACGACCGCUCCAUCCACAUCUAUGACUGCCCCAUGUGACACAGGCGGCUCAGCAAAUGCCACCAAACCAGAGGCUUUUUGGAGAGAAAGCUGUUCAUGUUUGACAGAUCCAGUUCAUGUGUUGGGAUGUUUUGCACUGGCCCCAUUUGGUCAAAUAAAGUUUUUCUUUU